AUGGCUUCCCUCUACAAGACGGCAGCAACGGUUUGCCUUUUCGCCCUAUGUGGUCUCCACUUGGCGGCGGCAGGCACAAAGAAGUACAAAUUUACCGCAGAGGAAGUGACUGAAGACGCCUACUUGGCGGCAAACUUGGCCCGAAAUGGAAAGCUCCCAGUUCACAUCACCGAAGUCGAAAAGGAUGACGGGCUUGUCACUUCCUUGAAGGGAAAAGUAGACGGCAAACCUGCAGGUACAGACGGGACAUGCGAGACAUUGAUAGAAUCCGACCUCAAAGAGACGUUUCAUCACAUUUUCGAGUAUGAGACCGUUGCGAAGACCACUCCUAACUACCGUGAAUUACUUCAGGAUGCCCUUGACGCUGGCAUAACAUUAUUCGAUGAGGAGUAUUUCAACGGACUUAUAGAACGGACGAGUUUAUUAAAGGAUAUGACAGCAGACGACCUGAAGAAUUCUGUUGGAGAUGGCGCUGCAGCAGCUGCCGUCCCUACCAUUCUAAUUGCCGGUUUUGUUGCCAUACUGACAGCCCUCUCUGCCUAG